GUCGCCUGGAGAAGGCGGUGGACGUGAAGGCGGUGCUGGGAUCGUUCGUUAACGCGCCAUUAUUUAUUGUUUCCACUCAACAACAAAUCAACAACAAACCCCGCGUGAAAUAUUUGCGCCUACACAUUUUUUUCCCAUUAUUUUCAUUUCCCCCCCCCUUUACUCUCAGGCACGCGUGUAAACCACGCAUCCCGCGGAUGACGUAGGGGAAAGUCUUGGCAGCGCAGGGGCGAGAAUAAUAAUAAUUAUAAUAUAUUUCCUUUUUCUGUGUGUUUUUUCCCAAAGUAAGCCAUGCUCCUGGGUGCUGCUGCGUCUGCGUUCAUGUCUCCACCGCGAGGCUCGACCGCUCGCUCCACCACCACCACCCUGAGCCACCACCACCAUCAUCAUCAUUGCCUCCUCCUGCUCAUCAUCAUCUCAUCCUCAGCGGCUGCUGCUCUCGCUGGCGUCUCAGCCAACCCAUCACCCUCGUCCACUCCACCACCACCACGGACGGACACCGUCACCACCAGCGGCACCCACCCGAUGUUGUUCUUCGGCACCGAGGAGGUCCGGGCGAUGAGGAUGCGCGCCUCGUCCUCGCACGCCCCCCACGCCGCGCGGCUGCGGGCGGCCGCCCGCGAGAUGCUGGCGGCCCCCGGCGACUUCGUGCCGCCCCGGGAGCCGUCGCUGUUCGCGGCGCAGUGGAACGAGGCGUUCGGCAACAACCUGGGAGCACUCUCCUUCUACUGCUUCCUCUACCCCAACCACACGCGCGCUCUGCAGCUCGCACUGCAGUACAUGGACGCGAUGGCGGUGCAGCCCAGCUGGUUGGUGCGAGGCGACCCGUCCGACGAGGUGCCAAUGGCCCACUCCCUCGUCGGCUUCGCCACCGCCUUCGACCUCCUGCACGGGCGCCUGGGGCCCGCGCGCCGCUCCCUCUACCUGGACGCGAUCGUGGCGGCCGCCGGCUACAUGUACGAGCGCUCGUUCGACCGCGGCUGGGGCCAGCAGUACCUGCACAACCACCAGCCCACCAACUGCGUGGCGCUGCUCACCGCCGGACUCGUCGUCAUGGCACAGGGGCACCUGAACGACGCCUACCUGUGGCUGAGCCAGGCGGUGCUGGUGAUGGAGCGGGCCCUGCUGCUCCUGCGCGAGGUGCGCGACGGCUCCCUGCACGAGGGCGUCGCGUACGCCUCCUACUCGACGCGCUCGCUGCUGCAGUACGUGCACCUGCUGCUGCGCCACCUCGACGUCGACCACACGGGACAUCCCUGGCUGCGGCAGCACUUCGCCUUCCUCUACCGCACCAUCCUGCCCGGCUUCCAGCGCACGGUUGGGAUCGCCGACUCGAACUACAACUGGUUCUACGGCCCCGAGAGCCAGCUGGCCUUCCUCGACGCCUUCGUGAUGCGCAAUGGCAGCGGCAACUGGCUGGCCGACAUGAUCCGCAAGCACCGGCCGGCGUCGGGACCCGGGGCGCCCUCCCGCAGCCAGCGCUGGACCACGCUGCACACAGAGUUCAUCUGGUUCGACGCGUCGCUGACCCCGCGGCCACCCCCGGACUUCGGCUCGCCGCGGCUCCACGUCUUCCGCGACUGGGGGGUGGCGACCUACGGCGCGGCGCAGCCCGCCGGCGCCAACGCCUCCUUCUUCUCGUUCAAGUCGGGCAAGAUCGGCGGGCGCGCCAUCUACGACAUCGUCCACGGCAAGCGCUACGCAGCCUGGGUGCGCGGCUGGCGCAACUUCAACCCGGGCCACGAGCACCCCGACCAGAACUCGUUCGUGUUCGUGCCGAGCCGCGGCGGCGCCGGCGGGGGGGGCGGCGACGCGCCGCCGGCGGCCUGCGUGACGGAGGCCCUCUACGGGCCCAAGUACACCUUCCUCAACAACGGCCUCAUGUUCUCCCCGCCCGCCGCUCCGGACGUGUGCUUCCCGCCGUGGCAGGGCCAGGUGACGGAGAGCUGCGACUCCAAGUGGAUGCGCUACAAGCGCGGCGCCGCGGGCGACGCUCACGGCCGCCUGGAGCGCGCCCAGGAGCGCGGCGGCGUGGUGUUCGCGCGGGGGGAGGCCGCGGGGGCUUACGACGCGGCGCUGGGGCUCGCCAGCGUGCAGCGGAGCGCGCUGCUGCUGCGGCCCGACCUGCUGCUCGUCGUCGAUCACGUGCGGCGGCGCCCGGGGGCGCGCGCCUCCCGCAUGCGCGCGUUCUUCAACAACGUGGACGCCGGAUUCCGCCCCGUGGCGGUGGGGGCGCUGAACGGAGCGGCGGCGGCGGCGGGCGGCGGCGACCGGCGCGGCGGCGGCGUCGGCACGGAAGCGUGCCGGAUGUUCUGGGUGGACGACACCGGAGUGAGCGCGCGCGGAAAGCUGACCGACAGCCCCUUCCGGUCGAACCACUCGUUUGCGGGGAGCUACCUGGCGAGCGUGGUGACGCCGCUGCGCGGGGCCGUGACGCGCGCCGCCUUCGUGUUCCUGGGGCCGUCGCUGUCGCUGCGCAGCCUCAAGCUCAUCCCGCGCAACGACUCCGUCACGGUGUACGUCAUCGCCAACUCGGUGCUCUACACCGUCUACCUGCGCACCGACGAGGCCACGGCGCCCGCCGACGGUGGCGCCGGCGGUGGCGUCGGCCGCGGCGGUGCCGUGGCGAUGGUGUCCACAGACAGGAACACGGUGUUCUUCGACGGAGGAGCGGAGCUCCCGGAGGAGCGCCCCGCGGAGGACGAGGCCGCCGACGAGGAUUACGAGGCCGCCGUCGACAGGACCUUGGAGAGGCUGAGGGACACCUUCAGGGAGCUCGACGGGCGCAGGAACCCCCGGAAGCCUGCGCCGCCCGGGGGCAGCCGGCCUCGGGGCGGCUCCCGGAGGACUGCGGAGAAACGCGGGAGCGGCGGCAACCGGGAGAGGACCCCGAAGCGCCCUCGCGCGAGCAGAACCCGCGACGACGGCGACCACGGCGGUGAGCACGGCGAUGACGCGGCACGCGAACCCGCGCGGGGGAACAACCCGCGCGCCGACUUCGGCGACUCGGACUUCAUCGACACGGCCGAGAUGCACGACCGGGGCCUCCCGCGCUGGGAGUUGAACCCGGGCGAGGAGGGCGAGGAGGGCGAGGAGGGCGACGCGGCUCCAUCGACGCCCGGGAAAGGCGGCGCUCGGGGUCGGGGCGACCGCCUGCCCGAGCUGCGGCCCAGGCCGGCCGACACCGCCGCCGGGGGAGGGUUCCGGAACGAGCCGGAGGCGGCGGGGCGGUCGGAGCGCGGAGCGGCCGCGGUGGCGCCCGUGCCGUACGCGCGGAUAUUCCUGCUCGUCAACGCGUGCGGCUUCGCGGCGCUGCUCGUGGCGCAGCUGCGAUGCGCCGGGCGCCACUGGGUGCUGCACAACCACCGGGUGCUGUACGCGCUGCUCAUCGCGGACAGCGUCGCCAUCUUCGCCAUUUACUCCACGUGCUCCAGGACCGACUGCUAGCGGUGACAUCCAACGAGUCGCGUGGCAACAUCGCCCCGCCGCCGCCUACGGGCUUAACGCCGACUCGCGAGCCGCCGCUGGGCGUUCGCCCUUCGCCGCGCAGAGACGGCUGCCACCAGGGUGUCCCGCUUGGCGAGACUGCCGCAGUGAGAUUCGACGUGUAUCGCACCGGAGGCGCGGCUCAAAUGAUGGAUUAUGAUGACGAUGAUGAGCCGAGUGUGACGCCGGACGCAUCGUCUUUCUCGGUCACGCAAACUCAUCUCCAUUGCUGCCAACUGAGACAGUGAUGGAAAUUCCACAUUACCAUGGUAGGGGCCCGUGACUCCAUGGGAUGACCGCUGUUGACUUCCGACAAAGUAGUGCUGCUCGUAUUGUUGAUCUCAUGGGAAAGACGGCGACGACGCUGAUGAUGACGAUGAUGGUCAACCUCUGGUAUUUGAACUCAUGACCUCAUGAUUGUGAUUUAAGCACUCUGGCCUUAAGGAAAAUUCUAAGUAAAAGAAAGUAAUGUACA